ACGACGACGACGGUGACAGCGGAGGCGGAGGGGCUGGCCGAGAGGUUCCUGCAGCUGGAGCAGGAGCACAGCGCGUUGCUGCGGGAGCUGCCGCCCUUCGGGGCGCCCGUCAGCCACGUCUACAGCCCCCUGGACUACGCCUGGGAACCGCACCGAGACUUCGUGCGCCGCUACUGCCGCGGCCCCAAGCGAGUCCUCUUCCUGGGCAUGAACCCCGGCCCCUUCGGGAUGGCCCAGACCGGGGUCCCGUUUGGUGAAACCCGGCACGUCCGCGAGUGGCUGGGGAUCAGCGGCGAGGUGGGGAAGCCGCCGUCCGAGCACCCCAAGCGCCCGGUGCUGGGUUUGACCUGCAAGCGGGCGGAGGUGAGCGGCACCCGCUUCUGGGGGCUCGUCCGGACCCUCUGCCCCGACCCCCACGUCUUCUUCCGUCACUGCUUCGUCCACAACCACUGUCCCCUCCUCUUCCUCGCCCCCAGCGGUCGCAACCUGGCCCCGAGCGAGCUGCCCCCGGCUCAGCGAGUCCAACUGAUGGGGCUGUGUGACCGGGCGCUGGCCCGAGCCGUGGGGCUGCUGGGGGUGCGGAUGGUGGUGGGGGUCGGGCGUUUCGCGGAGCAGAGAGCUCGCCGGGCCCUGGCUGCCGCCGGGGUGACCGUACGGAUUGAAGGGUUCCCCCACCCCUCGCCCCGCAGCGCCCGCGCCAAUAAGGGCUGGGAGGAGCAGGCGAGGGCGAGGCUGGGGGAGCUGGGGGUGCUGGAGCUGUUUCGGGAGGGGGGGGAUUCUCCAGGAGGGGGGAGGGAUGGAGCCGGGCAAGCGGUGGUCAUAAAGGAGGAGGUGGAGGAGGAUUAGAGCGGGGCCGUGCCUCAGUUUCCCCUCUGGAGGGCAGGAUGGGUUGGGUUAGGAGGGGGGAGAGUGUGGGUCUGCGCCUCGGUUUCCCCAC